AUGGAACGUCAUUCAUCAACUGCAAUAUUUAUAAGUGAAAUACCUGUUCGCUGUACAGGUAAUGGCGAAAAAAUAAUCAAAUGGGUUAAUAAUUUAAGUAGUAGUACAACUGCUCGAGACGUUAUUAUAUCGACGUUACCAACAUGUGAUCCAAUAAAGUAUUCAUUGUAUAUUCAUAUCGAUCGUAAGAAACAAAUUUUGAAAGAUUCAACACGAAUUUAUAAAGUUGUUGCUAAAUUAAAUCAACGAAAAUCAUCACGACCUUUAUUAUUUGAGAUUCAAUUGAAAAAACGUGUUAGAUUUGCUGAUGAAAUUAUUAUACAAACGAUUAUUCAAGGACAAUCUAUAUCACAUGAAAGAAUUACUAAAUCAAUACCAAUUGAAAAACGUUUAGAAUCUUUAAAAGAAAAUUUUCAAAAAUAUACUUCACAACAACAAGAAAAUUAUAUGAAAUUAUCUUCAAAUUUAAAACGAUCAUCAUUAAGUAUAAUUAAUGAAAAUAUUUCAUGUUCAUCGAGUGAAUCAGGUAUUAGUUCAAGUUCAUCGACGAAUGAUUUCAUUAAACCAACAAAAUUAGAAACACUUGUUUAA